GUUAAGGAAGACGUAUCUGUUUAGCAUUUAGCUAGGCUGCAGUUCGAGCAUGCCCUUGCGCUGAAAGCGGGGACCUACAUCGUAUUUUAUCUUCCCACUUAUUGUAUUGUUACUGAAGAAGACUCUCUGUCAUCAUGUCUCUGGCAGCCGAGGCGUUUUCCUCACAGAUAGCAGCUGCAGAGCCGUGGCCAGAGAAUGCGACCCUCUAUCAGCCCCUCUAUGAGGAACAGAUUCUUCUGUCAGACAAUGCCUCCUCACUCGCUGUCCAGACCUACCUGAGGAUGUGCAAUCUGCCAGUGAAGGUUUCAUUUCGGCCUAAUGCCGAGUUCAUGUCGCCUUCAGGUAAGGUCCCUUUCAUCCACGUGGGGAACCAGGUGGUCUCGGAGCUGGGGCCCAUCGUUCAGUUCACCAGAGCAAAGGGUCAUUCUCUGAGCGAAGGCCUGGAUGACGUCCAAAGAGCGGAGAUGAAGGCUUACAUGGAGUUAGUCAACAACAUGCUUCAAACCGCAGAGCUUUACAUUCAGUGGUGUGAUGACACAACAGCAACAGAGGUUUCUCGGCCCCGGUACAGCAGUCCUUACUCCUGGCCCCUGAACCACAUCCUAGCCUACCAGAAGCAGUGGGAGGUGCGGAGGAAGAUGAACGCCAUCGGCUGGGGAGGGAAGAGCCUGGAACAGGUCUACGAGGACGUCAGCCAGUGUUGUCAAGCGCUCUCACAAAGACUGGGAACUCAGCUUUACUUUUUCAACAAACAGCCCACUGAGUUAGACGCGCUGGUGUACGGCCACCUCUUCACCAUCAUCACCACGUCGCUGACCAACCACGAGCUGGCCGAGCGCGUGCAGAGCUUCAGCAACCUCAUGUCCUUCUGCAAGCGCAUCGACCAGAUCUACUUCGGCAAGUCGGACGACUCGUCUGCGUCCUCGCGCCCUCCUAAGGGUCCUUCCCUCAUGUGAGGCCUGCUGAGGCUGGUUUGACCUGGCCGCGUCACGUUCCGAAAUCAGAGGGGAGGGGUCUGUCGCGAACCCGGUUCAGAACUUAAAGGUGCACUAUGUAGAAUGGUGGCAACUAGGCUGCUCAUUGACACAGCUGCCUUUUGCCAAAUUUCAUCUUUUCAGGAAUAUUUACAAAGUAAUACACUAAUAUUUGCCAGUAUGACCAAAGUGCAGUCAGUUUUGCAGCUAAAAAUGUCCAUUUCUGGAAAUGUGAAAUGGCGGACAUGGGGAAGAUCCCCUCAAAAAGAGUAGAUUAGAGUAAGAUGAUUCAAACUCCGCCCACCCAAUGCAAAGGAGUGUGCUCAAGUUUGGUCUCCUAAGGGGGCGUUGUCCCCUCCUUCUUCUUCUCUUUCUGUGGCAUUUGGUGACGGCUUGCAUAAGAUGUGUGCUACCGCCAUCUACAGUGCCAAGGGAAUUCCCUUUAUUCUCAACCUAAAGCGUCCAAAGGCUCUCCUAACCGCAGGCCUCAUAAAGGGACGUUCACAUGACAUCACAUGGAUACAGGAAACGCACUGGCUUGAAUCAUCUUACUCAAUCUACUGUCUUUGAUCCACUUUUUCUAUGUAUGAAAAGUGCAACCUUCCCAGUCAUAAUGGAUACUUCGAAUUUGAUGGUGCUCGUAACUAUUCAUGAAAAAGGUAACAUUUGUGAAUGAGCAGCAUGAAGUCUGGAAAUACAGUUCUAAACAUAUUACACAGUGCACCUUUAAAAAAAAACCCUGCCACAGUUUCCUUCCAACCCGAGGUGACUUCACUGAGCAAGCGGUCUAUCUGUGUUGACUACUCAUUACAAUCAUAGAUAUAGAACAAUGUAUUCUGCGUUCAGCCUUUUGGUGUGGCCCCAACGUGUAGGGCACCACCAUCUUGGUCAAGUCAGGUGUCUAGUGUUUUUCAUAGAUUUUUACAGUCAGUUACAGGAUAAGUUGCAUAUCGCUUUACCACUGAUAAACAUGGCAGCCAUGAGCUAUUCGUUCCAAUAUAAAGGGAGUGUUCUUUACGGCAUCUAGUGUCCUGUAUCUAUGAUCACGACUACUGCUGAUUCAGAGUUGGUUGGAUCAAAUUUCUGGCAGUGGGUUUUUAACUUUCUGGACUCGGGAUUGACACCUCUGUCUAAAAUAUCCACAACCUUUCCAAGCCACCAUCCCGUUCUCCUUCCACCCCCUCUUCAUCUUUCUCUCCUCCCCCUGUCCCACUCCCUCUACAACCAGGAAUGCCAUACAGUAUAGUACCCCUGUAGCCCAACCAUAGCGCUUCUUUGUUGUAAAAAUGCUUGCAUUUUAACAGAUAUACUUCUAUGUUUUUUUUGUUUUUGUUUUGUUUUGUUUUUGCGGUGACUCUCCGUAUGUUGUAAUAUGUAAAUGGAAAGUGCCUACCAUUAUUAAAAGUACACAUCACCGGGAA